GCGUAAUGCGUCAGUGCUGGUCUGGCUGAGCUCAAAACCAGUCGUGUCCUCGCCGACGUCUUGAGUGUACUGUUCUUGAGCUAAGUGAUAAAGUGGCGUGCGCGUAUUGUUCUUCAUAUUGGUCUCUACGCGAGGCUACAUUCUGUUAUAUUGAGGAAUAUUUGCUUAAGAAGACAGUGAAGGGAAAUAUAGCUUAGUUUUCAUUUCGUGCGAGUGUAUGAAUUCACGAGACAGCAGCAGGAGUUAAGAAGCAGCUUAUCAUCUGUAUCUCGGCCAGAAACCUGAGAGCAGAAGGAGGGAUUACAAUGGCAUUGUGUCCUAGAAAAUGUGUGACAGCUGUGUAUAUGUUCCUGAUAGCGGUACUUCCUGCGAGAGUCGCAGCAUCCAAGACUCUACCGCCAUGGGAGUUUCACCAGUGUCAUCUCCCGAGCGACCCCCUGCUGCACCCCGUGGCCCACUUCCAGCGCAAAAUAAUCAACCUGAACCGCAUGUAUGACGUCUCACACACCUUCAGGCUGGUCUACUACGGCUCCAACCACAACAGCGGCUGUGAGCUGAAGUCCGGUGUGCUCUACUACGUCCAGCGCCACAACAAAACCACCUUCACCUACAACCACCUGGAGGACGGCAAGGGAGUCACCUCGCUGUGCCCCGGCCAGAGGAUAUGGCUGGGGAUCGAGUCCUACGGCUUCGUCUCCUGCGGGGAAGAGCACCAGGCGACGGCGGCAGCUCGGACGUGGUGGUCAGAGGUGCCGCUGUCGUACAUGUCCAUCAUCGCCAUCAGCGUCGCCUCCGCCUUCACGUUCGUAACCUUCGUGGCCAUUAUCAUAUGCCUGCUGCGGCGUCGGCACGUGAAGGGCAAGGCCAGCCUCCCUCAGGUGGAUAUGUACUGAGCUCCGAGUGAGAUUCGAGGAGACCUCAGGAGCUCAUGAUCAGGCGAAGGCAAGGAUCAAGGAUUCUGAGAGGAGGUUGGAAA